AUGAACAUGAAGUUCGAGAAUCUUGAGUAUCCCUAUUCACAACCAGACCCCAUCGCAGGCUUGGAAAAUCAUCUGAAAAUAGCUCAGAAUACACCCAUCUCUAAAUCCGAGAACCGUCUCCUCUCAAAGUACGGAAAGCUACCGCGUGGAGGCCUACUGGCUCGAAAGUCCAAGGAACGGACAUACUUUGACUCUAGCGAUUUCGCUAUUUCUGCGGCUAAUCGCGAGACUAACAACGGCGCUAUUCAAACGGGCAGAGCCCAUCCUCAUCGGGAAAGCAUUUCGCACCCUUAUGCCUCUAUCCCAGCCUCUAGUAACCCUAACGGACAUGCCAACGAAGAUAGGUAUAGAAGAAGUGCUAGUGUUGAAAAGAGUCCUCUCCUUCACCAAACAGACAAUAAAGACGAACCGACAAACAAGGAGGAACAGGACGAUCAUAUCUCUCACGAAGGUUAA